AUGCGCUCCACUUGCUACCCGGCCGCGCUGCUUACGCUCCUGGCCGCGCUGCUUGCCGCGCCUCGCGCAGCCCUGACGGAGGCCCCGCUCCUGGUGCGGGUGGACGCGGCUCGCGCUCUGCGGCCCUUGCGGCCCUUCUGGAGGAGCACAGGCUUCUGCCCCCCUCUGCCACAUGACCGGGCUGACCAGUAUGACCUCAGCUGGGACCAGCAGCUCAACCUCGCCUACGUGGGUGCCGUCCCUCAUGGGGGCAUCGAGCAGGUCCGGACCCACUGGCUGCUGGACCUCGUCACGGCCAGGGAGCUGGCUGGGUGGGGCGUGAGCUACAACUUUACCAACCUGGACGGGUACCUGGACCUUCUCAGGGAGAACCAGCUUCUUCCAGGUUUCGAGCUGAUGGGCAGCCCCUCGGGACGUUUCACUGACUUUGAGGACAAGCAGCAGGUGUUCGAGUGGAAGAACCUGGUUUCUCUCCUGGCCAAGAGAUACAUCGGGAGAUACGGACUGGAGCACGUUUCCAAGUGGAACUUUGAAACGUGGAACGAGCCAGACCACCACGACUUUGACAACGUAUCCAUGACCACACAAGGAUUCCUGAACUACUACGACGCCUGCUCCGAGGGUCUGCGAGAGGCCAGCCCAGCUCUGCGGCUGGGGGGUCCUGGUGACUCCUUCCACCCCCCGCCCCGAUCCCCCCUGUGCUGGAGUCUCCUGGAACACUGUCGCAACGGAACUAACUUCUUCACCGGGGAGAUGGGCGUGCGCCUGGACUACAUCGCGCUGCACAAGAAGGGCGCAGGGAGCUCCAUCUACAUCCUGGAGCAGGAACAGGAGGCCGUGCAGCAGAUCCAGCGGCUUUUCCCCAAGUUCACGGACACCCCAGUCUACAACGACGAGGCCGAUCCGCUCGUGGGCUGGUCCCUGCCGCAGCCAUGGAGGGCUGACGUGACUUACGCGGCCAUGGUCGUGAAGGUCAUCGCGCAGCACCAGAACCUGCUGGUGGCCAACACCAGCUCCUCCAUCCGCUACGCGCUCCUGAGCAACGACAACGCCUUCCUGAGCUACCACCCGUACCCCUUCACGCAGCGCACGCUCACAGCCCGCUUCCAGGUCAACAAUACGCGCCCGCCCCACGUGCAGCUGCUGCGCAAACCGGUGCUCACGGCCAUGGGGCUGCUGGCCCUGCUUGACGGCGAGCAGCUCUGGGCGGAGGUGUCGCAGGCUGGGGCCGUGCUGGACAGCAACCACACGGUUGGCGUCCUGGCCAGCGCCCACAGCCCCUCGGGCCCCGCUGACGCCUGGCGCGCCUCGGUGCUGGUCUACGCGAGCGACGACACUCGCGCCCACACCAACCGCAGCGCCACCGUGACCCUGCACCUGCACGGGGUGCCCCCAGCCCCAGGGCUAGUCUACGUGACGCUCUACGUGGACAACCGGCUGUGCAGCCCCCACGGCGAGUGGGAGCGCCUGGGCCGGCCCGUCUUUCCCUCCGCGGAGCAGUUCCGGCGCAUGCGCGCGGCCGAGGACCCUGUAGCCGCCGUCCCGCGCCCUUUCCCUGCCAGCGGCCGCCUGACGUUGCGCCCAAAGCUGCCUCUUCCGUCCCUGCUGCUGCUGCACGUGUGCGCGCGGCCGGAGAUGCCGCCAGGCCAGGUGACCAGGCUUCGGGUGAUGCCCCUGACGCGCGGGCAGCUGCUUCUGGUCUGGUCGGAUGAGCGUUUGGUUUCCAAGUGCCUGUGGACGUAUGAGAUCCAGUUCUCCCAAGGGGGUGAGGUGUACGUCCCGGUCAGUAGGAAGCCAUCAACCUUUAACCUCUUUGUGUUCAGCCCAGACACAGCUGUCGUUUCGGGCUCCUAUCGGGUUCGAGCUGUGGACUACUGGGCCCGGCCUGGGCCCUUCUCAUAUCCUGUGCAGUACCUCGAGGUCCCUGUCCCAUGA